AUGUUGAAGGAGGGUCCCAGGUGGGACGCGGUCAGAGUGUACUCCCUGCGCAACGUGGAGAGUAUGGAUGUUGUUCCUAGCAUGGCUCGACACGGGGUAGCCUCCAUCAAGGAGGGCUGCCCGGAUCUACGCAGACUUCGGGUGAAUUUCAAAAACCCGCUGUACGAUUUCCACCAGCACCUUAGGGGAGGCUCUCGGGUCAAGCUGAACCAGUUGGAGAAUAUGGAGCAGCUGGUAGUCCAGGAGAAGGGGCCGGCGACUGCCUACCCAAUCGGCGGAAUAUCCCGACCGAUAGAUAUCACGACCCGACUCUGCACAAUCGCAGACCAAUUGAGAGAUUCGCCAACUCUUAGGCAGCUCUCAAUUGAGUUCCAUCCAAGGAUUAUGACCUGGAUCAUGCUUCCGGCGCAAAGACUUAAUCCCGGACAGCGCCACCGAACCGAACUGGACACUUUUGUCAUGACAGGCAUAAUGGCGAUGGGAGCGAGACUCCCACAAGUGGAGGAGAUAUGCUUGGUAGAGCGCAGCGCUGUAUUCAACGGCGUCAACAUGAUUCACCGGGGUGUUCGCGACCCUGAAGGUGAGAUGGCCGUCACGAUCGAGGCCCCCGGCCAUGAGAAUACUUUCCCCUUGAACAUUUCGCACUAG